CGUCAAACAACAAACAAAUCUUUACCAGAAAUUGCACAAAAAGGCCCUCAUAAAUUCACUGUUUGCGUCAAAUCCUGCAUUUGAUUAGCAGCCAUGGGUAACGUCCUGUCUUGUACUGGUACUGCUCGUGCGGAAUAUGUUGUAUAUGUUAGAACUGGUGAUAAGAAACGGGCAGGAACUGAUGCGAAUGUGAAGUUCCAAAUGCAUGAUUCUGACAACAGAUCCACGCCUCCCCAAGACUUGGAUGUCCUUUUCAAGGAUGAUUUCGAGAGGGGGGAAACCGAUGUUUUCCCACUUAGAAACGUAAACAAGAUCGGGCCGAUUCAGGCGGUUGAAUUCUGGAGAGACAAUACUGGUGUGUCUCCAAAUUGGUUUGUGGAAAAAAUUGUUGUGGAGGACCGAAAGAGACACACGUUCUAUUUUUUUCCUGUUCAUCGUUGGAUCAAGGAAGAUCGUCAUUACAUCAUUCAGCGCCUUGAUACGUCUCUUCCCCAGUACGAUGAACACAGUGAACAGAGACAUUUGGAGCUGAAAGAAAUGCAAGCAUUGUAUGAAUAUGAAGAGAAAUUUCCUGGUGCUCCAGUUCAGAUCAAAGAACUUCCAGAGGAUGAAUACUUUUCUGAAGAUCAUAAGAAUGGUGGCCAAGUAGAAAGAAACUAUCAAGGAAAGGACAUUCCUAGUUGGGACCUGACAAAACAGAAGACAAAGCUGAUCAUAGAGAAGAAACUGAUUGAGCUCUCAUCGUCUGGAGAGAGAUGGUCGACAUUGGAUGACCUCCAUAAUCUGUAUAAGAAAUACAAAGACUUGGAAACGCCUGCAGGCAUCCACCAAUGGAGCAAUGAUACCAGAUUUGGAGCUCAGAGGCUUUGUGGGACGAAUCCUGUUCUUAUCAAACUCUGCAAGAAGAUUCCUGAGAACUUCGAUGUCUCGGCAGACUCCCUGAAGCUGUUCCUGGAAGGAUGGUCUUUGGAGCAAAUCAUAGAAGCGAGGAGGUUGUUCAUUGUCGACCUUAAGAUUCUGGAGGGAAUUCCACACAAAGAUAACACAGUGCUCUGUGCUCCGUUAGCCCUCUUCUUCCUGACAAUGGACAAAACACUGCGCCCGAUUUCAAUACAGCUCUUUCAGAAGAGUGGGCCUGAUAAUCCAGUAUUUACCCCAUCCGACCCACCAUACACCUGGUUGAUUGCCAAGAUGUGGUACAACAACGCAGAUGCUGUCUACCACCAGGCACUCACACACUUAGGUUUCACCCACCUUCUCAUGGAGGGCGUGGAUAUUUGUACACAUCGACAUUUGUCUCCGUCCCAUCCGAUGUUCAAACUGCUGGCCCCACACUUCCUCUACCUGCUUGCCAUUAAUACGAGGGGUCUUGAAACCCUGAUAAGUCCAGACGGUUGGGUGGACAAAACCAUGACUGUUGGGAGACAAGGCUUGCUAAAACUGAUAGCCAAAGGAUGCAGUGAAUGGAGAAUGGAUGUGAAUGGUGAUUUUUAUAAGGAGCUGGAGAGUAGAGGUGUACACAACCCAACAGUACUAGCCAACUACCACUACAGAGAUGAUGCAAGUCUACUUCAUAUCGCAAUAUCAAACUAUGUCAGGAAGAUUGUUAAACUGUACUACGGUGCCGACGAAACAGCCACAGCAGAAGAGAAAAUUGUCGAGGAUACUGAGUUGCAGGCCUGGGGUGCGGAACUAGCCAGAGAUAAAAAGGCAGGAGGCGCUGGAAUAAAGGGCGUCCCAGGUAAUGGCAAAUUCCGUAAACCAGAGCAGCUGAUCCAGGUGUUCACGGGCAUCAUCUUUACCUGUAGCGUCUCCCAUGCUGCCGCCAACUUCUCACAGUACGACGAGUAUGCGUUCCAGCCUAAUUACCCAGCAUUCUUGUAUGGAGCACCGCCAAAGACAAAGGCUCCUAAACUGGAGGAGGACAUCAUCAAGAUACUACCUGACAAGGCCCACACUUUAGACAUCAUGAUCGUGACCAAACUGCUCAGUACAAGAGGCACCAACCCAUUGGGUGACUUUGAGGUCAUGUACAUGUAUGAUCCUAAAGCGCUGAGGAUUGUUGACGACUUUAAGGAAGAACUGAAGAAAGUGAGUCAGACAAUAAAACAAAGGAAUCAAGACCGCCAGUUCGGGUACUGCAUUUUAGAUCCCAGUAAAGUGCCCAAUUCCAUCAGCAUUUGAGUGUUGCCAUGGCAACAGUAUUAUUUGUACUGUAUGUCUUCGUUUUGAAGCCAAAGUUUUGUUGUGGAGGACUGGAGUGUCCUCUGAUGGAUUUCUGGAAAUGUGUGGAACUGAAAGGACGUGAAGUUCUAAAUCUUGAAAUCGUGCUCACAUCAAAAUAUUGUUAUUGAAAAGAUUUUAUACUGCCAGCUCAAACUGAUUGAUGCAGUGGUGCAUUGCGCAUUAUUCCUAGAUCACAAAUCUAAAUUAGAAACUAUACAUCUGUUUAGCUGCUCUGAGACAUGAACAUCAUAGGCGUAUUCAAAACCCCAUUCUUGGUUGAAUAGUAGUACCUGUUUUUUGGGGGGAAUGGUCAGCAGAACAGAGCCAAUAAUGGUACCUGAAAUUGGCAGAGUUUCUUGCUUGUCUUAUAAUGCUUUCUGCGGCUACAGUUUUGAUGAGAAGAAGUUUUUACUUGGGGUUGAGUGAUAAUAACAGAAUUAGUGUACAAAUUAUUAUUGAUAUAUUAUAUUAUUUAGUUCAAAUCAGUUAUGCUUUACAUGUAAGAAAUAGGGAAAUAAUGUGACAAAAUGUAUAAACUUAUAAAAUAAUACAAUGCUUAUCAUUUGUAUAUUUCUUGGUCUUUUACUAAUGCACUUUUGUAUUGUAGCAUGUAUGUUCUAUUAAUUUGCAUUUCUUUGUAUAGUUUCUGUAGGAUAGUUCUUCAUAUGUGCCAUGAGUCGAGAUUUAGGUCUUUAGAUUGAACCUAUCGAGUUACCGUUUAACCCCUUUAAUUGAAUAUCAUUUAUGUUUUAUCACAAGUUAGAGUUGUUUAUAUUUACAGCAUGUAUGUAAUAGUUAUGAAGUGCAAUGUAAACAGCUAUCAUUAUGGAAAAUGGAUGUUGUUUGGGGUCUAUAAACUUAUGCAAGUAAAUGUACAUGUAUCAGCAGGUAUCUUAUAUCCUCCCCUCAAGGAGAGGCAAGCAUUACCACAGUUCUUGACGAGUCCUCCAUUUGCUAUGUUCUCAUACAGAAAUAAAAGUAUAGUAGGGGUAAGGGAAUAUGGAACAUAUUGAUACUUGAAUAGGCAAUUGUGUGAAAUAACUAUGAUGGUGAUUCCGUCCCCUCUUUGGAUUGCGAGAUACUUUUUACAAAUUUUCAUUCUGCCCAUAUACAACUGUCCAUUCCAUUUGUAUAAUUCUAUAUGUGCUCCGGUUUACCUACUUUUUAUACACCUUUAUGAUUUUUGUCCAUAUCAAAAUGUGUAUAUAUUGUACAAGUGCAGUUCCAAAACAUAUCAGGCUACACAAUAGCUUACUACUCAGUACAUAUAGAAUUGAAAAUUCUUAGGUUCAGAUUUUAAAUGAACUGUCCUUGCUUUAGAUGUAAAUGUAGUAAAAUCAUGAUUACAUGAAUAUUGAUUCUUGCCAGCAGUUGGCUUCAAUGAAUAAAUUUGUAUACAUCUAAAACGAGUUGUUUUCACCUAUGUUCCUGGGGCUCGUUGUCUUUCCUGAAGGAUGUAACUCUACAUGCAUACAUACAUGUUCAUGUCUCGACCAGAACUUAAUUCAUUGAUACCAUCUCCUCAGUGCACUCCCUUAUACACCUUGUGCACCACCGCAAACUGGCAUUUCUGGAGUAUAUACUACAAAAAAAUAACCAGCCAAAUAUUAUGCCCUGUAUCAACAGACACAUGGCAGGACACGCGCAGGCUGACAGCGAAUGUCCUUCCUGCAUUCCACCCAGUGGCUGCUAGAUGGAGGACUGCCGACACCUAGCCAAAUUGAGGAGCAGCCCAGGAUAGGGUUGGCUGGAGGAAGCUUGUGGUUGCCUGCUGCGCAGUCGACUGAUAAUGAUGACUGUGCCCACCAGGACUUGACUCACAGGGAAGGUAUCGACUGGCAUUUCAA